AUGAGUAGGGUUCGUGUUGGCACUGCGCUCACUCUGUUCCUGCAUUGGCUUUCUUCUUUCACGAUGGACAAGUUGGAGGUCCAGCAUGUCGACUUUCCACAUUCCCGCCAUUCGCAGAUCAAUGCCCGCUUGAUCUUCACUUGCGUGGUAUUCGGCGCAGCCUCUUUUCUCUUUGGAUUUGACGACAAAAUCAUUUCCCCUGUUGCUGCAUUACCGGCGUUUGUGGAGAAGUUCCAAGGACCCAAUCCCUCAGGGAAGUAUGUCCUCACAGCGCGCAAUCAGAAUCUCGUCUUCUCGCUGCCUCUGGUGGGCUCGGUCUUUGGGGGGCUGUUGGCCUCGCCGAUGAACUAUCACUUGGGGCGCAAAUGGCCGCUCAUCAUAGCUUAUAUCGUCUCCGUGGGAGGUGGCUUGCUGCAAGUCUUUGCCCCGAAUUUAGGGGCUUUCAUUGGAGGUCGUUCAAUUAAUGCUGUUGCAUUGGGUAUUGUCAAUGCGACUGCCCCGUUGUAUAUUGCCGAGGUGGUUCCUGCAUCGAUUCGAGGCAGAUCAGUCAGUUCAACCAACAUCUUGAAUCUCACAGCUGGAGUCGUGGGCACAGUAGUUGUCUUUCGAUCAGAAAAGAUCCCAGGAAUCCUAUCCUACCAGAUCCCACUCGCAGUGCAAUGUGCUCUGCCCGUCAUUCUAUUCUUCUUAACAAUUCCUCUUCCAGAAAGCCCACAAUGGCUGGUGGGAAAAGAAGAAAUGGAACGAGCACGCGAUAGUCUGCGCAAACUGCGCGGGUUCAGUGACGAAGAAGUCGACGAUGAGCUUCGUCUGAUGAAGCGGAAUGAAGAGAGCGAGCGCGAGCUCCAUGCAAACACCCAAUUCUGGCACAUAUUCCAGCGCCAACAUAUCAAGCGCACUAUCACGGCGGGAUCUUUCUUCUCUCUCAAUCAGAUCUCCGGUGUGAUUCUCUCAACUACCUAUACCACUGUCUUCCUGACCGAAAUCGGGGUGGCCAACGCUUUCACCUUGACGAUCAUUGCCUCCUGUUGCACUUUAGCCGGGACUAUCGCGGCCCCCUUCGUUAUCGACCGAGCUGGGCGACGACCAACGGCCUUCGUCGGCAUGGGGAUCCUCUUCGCUGUCGACGUGGCCGCCGGUAGUCUGGCAUUUCACAGAACCAAGAACACCACCAUGGCCAUUGCCGCGCUGUCCUUCGUAUUCAACUUCUUCUGGGCUUCCUCCUUUUUCUCGCUGUCGAACCUCAUGCCCUCCGAAAUGGCCACUCCAAAGCUUCGCCACCACACCAUGUCCUAUACGGUAGCGUGUGCGCAAACCACGGCCGUCAUCACCACGCUGGUGGUUCCCCAGCUGACCUCGGCAGAUGCAGCGAAUCUCGGGGCCAAGACGUAUCUGGUCUUUGCUGGUUGUAUGGCUGCUAUUAUUGUGUUUUUCUACUUCCUCAUGCCAGAGACCAGGGGUCGAUCCUUCGCCGAGAUAGAUGAGAUGUAUGCUGCGAAGAUCCCGAUGUGGAAAUGGAGGUCCUAUGAGACUUCGUUUCAGAGGUCUCGUGCGUCUAAGAGAUAA